AUGGCCACGGCACCGCUGCGAGUCGGCUACGUGCCGGAGCACUUCUCGACCCCAAUCUACUUUGCCAAGAAGCACUUUGGCCUCAACGCCGAGCUGAUCCCCUUCCCCUCCGGCACGGGCCACAUGAUCACGGCGCUCCGCGGGGGGGAGAUCGACGUCGGCAUCGGCCUGACCGAGGGCUGGGUGGCCGGGCUGGGCAAGGAGGACGUCCAGGGCGACGGCGGGUACCGCCUGGUCGGGACAUACGUCGAGACGCCGCUUUGCUGGGCGAUCUCCACGGGUACCGACCGCACCGACAUCACCUCCGUCGAAUCCCUCAAGGGCGGCAAGAUCGGCGUGUCGCGCAUCGGCUCCGGCAGCUACGUCAUGGGCUUCGUCCUCGCCGACCAGCGAGGCUGGCUCACGCCCGGCCGGGCCCCAUACUCCGACACCGUCGUCCUCAACACGUUUGCGAACCUGCGCGGGGCCGUCAACUCGGGCGAGGCCGACUUCUUCAUGUGGGAGCACUUCACGUCCAAGAGGUACUACGACUCGGGCGAGAUCCGGCGCGUCGGCGAGAUCUACACCCCCUGGAGCAGCUGGAAGAUCGUCGCGUCGACCGGGCUGACUGGCGGCGGGGAGCUGGACGGCAGGGUCGAGACGCUGCUCGAGAAGCUGGACCAGGGCAUCAGGCACUUCAACGAGAACAAGGAGGAGGCGGUCCGGUACAUCAGCACCGAGCUGGACUACUCGGCCGAGGACGCGACCGAGUGGCUCAAGACGGUGCGGUUCCCGCAGACGACCAAGGGCGUGAGCGCGUCGACGAUCCAGGGCUGCGUGGACGUGCUGCGCAAGGCGGGCGUGCUGUUCGAGGGAAAGGGGAUGGAGGCGACGGCGAUGAUAACGAAGCAGAGGUAG